GAAUUUUCACUCAGGCUGCUGCUGAAGCUAAGCUUUGCAAAAAAUUAGUUCUGAUUUGUUUUUGAAUUCUAGAGUUGGGGGAAAUGGAAAGAAGAUAUUUGUUUGCUUGAUUCCACAUGACAACUCCAGGGUAACUGAAUAGACUGUACGGUUGGUUUGACAAGGCUAUGCACUGAGCCAGCAGCUUCACAUACCAGAGAGAGGGGGCUGAAAUGGGGACUCUGACAAUUGUAAUGGAUUUUAUCAGACUUUCUCUAAAGACCAACUAUUUUGUCUUCAGUUGUUAAUGUUUUUCAGAGGUUUCCCUUCUGAGAGAUCGUGGCAGAAGAGGUCUCAAAAUGUGCAAAAGGUUUACUGUACCUAGUAAACUGCUGACUAGGUUAUGGGUUGCUACAUCACCAGCCUCAUUUGACUGAAGCACAUGGUACAAACAGAGAUUUGCCUGACUGGCAGAACACAUAAGCCAUGCAUCAUCUGUUUGGGCUGGUUUUGGGACAAAAGGACCUUUCACGUGCAGGGGAUCUAUUCUCCUUAGAUGAUGCUGAGAUAGAAGGAAGCCUGUCAGAAGCUCUUGAGCAAAUAAAAAUAAUUAGUUCAUCUCCAGACUACCAGACUAACGACAAUGACCAAGCAGUGGUGGAAAUCUGUAUCACUCGAAUCACCACUGCUAUCAGGGAGACUGCAUCCAUAGAAAAACAUGGAAAGGCACUUGUGGCUCUCUGGGAGUCAUGUUUAGAGCACAAUCUAAAACCUUCAGGAAAAGAUGAGGACACACCACAUGCAAAAAUUGCGUCUGAUAUCAUGAGUUGCAUUUUGCAGAAUUACAAUCAACCUCCAAUAAUGGCUUUAGCUGUCCCCGUGGCAGUGAAAUUUCUGCAGAGGGGUAACAAGGAACUGUGCAGAAACAUGUCAAGUUACCUAUCCCUGGCUGCAAUUACCAAAGCAGAUCUGCUGGCUGAUCACACAGAUGCAAUUGUGAAAAGUGUCCUUCAGGGAAAUUCCAUGUUGCUGCGUGUGUUGCCCUCUGUGUAUGAAAAGCGGCCACAGACAAUUAACAACCAUCUGACAGAGCUGGUAGCACUGAUGUCUCAGCUAGAGCAAGCAGAACAACACCACCUUCUACGGCUAUUUCAGAUAGUGGCAAGGAGAAAGCAACCUGAGGUGCUAAAAGAAUGCAUUCCUUUUCUAAUUGGUCACUUAAGAGACCCUAACCAUAAUGACAUUAUCCUAAAUAUACUGAUAGAAAUAUCAGGCUAUGAACCGGUAACGUUGACCAGUUUUCUUCCAAUGCUGAAAGAGAUUGGUGAGAGUUUUCCAAGCCUCAUUGGACAAACUGCAAAGAUUUAUGGAGCUGUUGGGCACGUUGAUGAGGAGAGAGCCAGGAUGUGUCUGAUCUAUUUGGUAAAUCAGCUGGCCAACAUGGAACACUCGUUUCACCAUAUUCUUCUGCUGGAGAUUAAGGACAUCACCGACACCUUCUCAAAUAUUCUGGGCAACCAGAGCAGAGAUAUCUACCGUAUGAGUAACAGUUUCACUGCCAUAGCCAAGCUUCUGAUCAGACAACUGGAAAACUACACCACAUUAGGAAGCAGGACAGAAAAUGACGCUGAAGCAGAAUCUCCUGUACAGCUGGAUGAUUUAAAAUCUGUUAUGAAUGAAAACGAAGAGGAUGAAAAGCUUCAAGUUAAAAUACAGGCUUUUGAAGAAAAAAUAAAUGUUGACAACAGUACUCCUGGCUCUGUGCGUAGAUAUAGUUUAGGCCAGGUUUCUAAAGAAGAAAGGAAGGAUAUGAGAUUUAACAGGUCCAAAAGUCUAGCUUUGCAUGCAAUCCGUACAAAGGGGAUGAAUUCAGACAAUGGACAAGACAUGGACAAUGGAGAUAUAGCAGCUGGCAUCUCUUUCACAGAAAUGUAUCUUAGCCAAGAAAAUGACAAAUUGCCUCUUAGUCCAGACACUGAAGAAUCGCAGCUGGAAAAUUCUUCAGUUUCACACCCAAGUAUCAAAUGUACAGAAUUAGAAAAUUUGCCAGAAUCUGUUGAAGAAAACUGCCAUGAAGGAAGUACAGAGACAAUAAAAAAUCCGGUGGAAUAUCAGGAUAAGCUCUACUUGCACUUAAAGGAAAAUCUUAGUAAAGUGAAAGCAUAUGUCAUGGAGAUUGGGAAGAAAAUUCCUAGCCCAGAUCAGUGUAUUAUUGAAGAUACUGUUAGAAGUUGUGUAGCAAAGCUGUUCUUCAGCUGCCCCCUGAAGGGUCAUUACUGCCUAUACAGUAAAUCCAGUUUUACACUCAUCAGCCGGCAGCCUCAGCUAUGGAUCCAUAUCAUGUUUCUCUUUCAGCAGAACUUGUUUCCAGAACCCUUGUCCAUACAAAGUGACACUGUGCAAGUCCUUGAAACCCUGUGGGAGAAGACACAGCUGAAGGGAACACAUGGUUUUGAAACUGCGAUGAUUCAAUCUACAUUUCCACACCAGAAGGAUCUGGACCAUGUACAGAUGCAUCUGGAAGAAGUGAGGUUCUUUGAUUUAUUUGGAUACAGUGAGGAAGCAGGAACGUGGCAGUGUUUCAUGUGCAAUAAUCCUGAAAAGGCAACAGUUGUAAAUCAAGAUGGACAACCUCUGAUUGAAGGCAAGCUGAAAGAAAAGCAAGUUAGAUGGAAGUUUAUCAAAAGGUGGAAAACUCGCUAUUUCACUCUCGCUGGCAAUCAGCUUCUGUUUCGCAAAGGAAAAUCUAAAGAUGAUCCAGAUGACUGCCCCAUUGAACUCAGUAAGGUACAGAGUGUAAAAGUUGUGGCCAAGAAGCGCAGGGACCGCAGCCUUCCUCGGGCCUUUGAAAUCUUCACCAACAAUAAGACCUAUGUUUUCAAGGCCAAAGACGAGAAGAAUGCUGAAGAGUGGCUUCAGUGCAUCAAUGUAGCUGUAGCACAAGCUAAAGAAAGGGAAAGCAGAGAGGCAACCACGUAUCUGUAAAACUGUCAGCCUGUCUAACCCUGAGCAUUUGCAUCUGGCUUUGAAAUGCAAAGGUACUCAGCCUGUUUAUCACAGAACCAAACAAAGUGAUAAGAAACAAACCUGAUUAGUGGGAGUAGUCCCUGUGGAUUCAGUGGUUUUAGCUACUGCUGGGAUCGCUCAAGUGAGUAAUGGCUGCAAGAUCAGGCCCCUAGACAAUUACCAUUGGCAACAAAGUAGCUCAAAGCAACUCAACUCAUUGCUAUAAAGUGAAUAUCUUUCCAAAGAUGACUUUAGUUUAGAGCUAAUAUGGUGAAAGAGGCUCCUUUUGAACAUACAUCUAAUUUACAUAGCAAAUUCUAUAUUUUGCAGCAUGUUUUAUUGUUAGAUGAUAUUGGUAACAAAUGAUAUUGAGAAACUAAUCUGACAGACACUAGUGUUAGGGGGCUUAUUCCUUCACCCACUUACUUCCCUGGUCCUUCUUGCAUGAACAGAGAGCAACAAUACCCGAAGUCCAAAGGUGCAAACAAUUCGAUGUUUAUUGGGGUGAACUUCCAGCAAGCAUGAUUCCAGUUUCCUUCCUUAGUGUCCCCCUUCCCAGCUCUGACACCACAGAUCCUUACCUGUGUCCCUGUUCCCAUUCCUACCCUUACCUAACAUGAUUCCAAUUUCCCCACCCCUAUUCCCUGUUCCCAUUUCACCCCCCCCCCCCUUCCUGAUUGACUGCAGGCUAUAUAGUAAAACUUGAGUUCUACUUAGCUAUCCUUAACCAAUCAUUUUCCUCAAAUUUAACUAACCAAUCCUAACAUAUUGUAACAUGAUUAUUUAACCAAUUAUAUCCCACCACCUUAAUUAGUUUACACCCAGCAAAAUUAAUUAUACAGCAGACAGAAACAAUCACAGAACCAGACAGAGAUUAUACAGAAAAAAAAUAGGGAAAUGGGGACUACAGUGAUAGAACAACAAAGAAAUGAGGAUUUCACAUCCCAGCUAUUGAUAAGUGAGUUCUUGCCAGACAGGAUGCUAUCAAACUAAGUUUCCUUUUACAUCUUCUAGGCACUUCCCUUUCUCUGGAGGUGAUAGGCAUUAUCAGGAGAGGAUUGUAUUCCUAACAGCCCAAUAGCACCUUAUUUCAAUGUGACUAGUUCGGAAUGUGAGGAUCUGACCAUUUGCUUCCCAGCUUAUGGCUGCCUCUGCUGCUUAGCCAGAGGUGUUAGCCUAAGAACAGGGCCUCAGACUGUCACAGUAAGAGAAGGACCUUACACCAGCAGACAGUGAUUUUGAUUCUCUUUCUUUCUUUUAUACCUCUACAACUAGCUAAGUGAUAAGAAUACACCUAAAUUCUUAGAGUAUAGGCCUUUACAGACAGGCCUGAAUAUCUAUAUCCUAACAACUGGUACACAAAAACUGGCCUGUAUCACUAUUUUUAGCAUGAGUGUAUAUAUAUAUAUAUAUAUAUAUAUAUAUACAUUUUCUUCACAUUGUUACAUAAGCAGCUAAUCUAGAAUGUUAACCCCUCCAAAGUAAAGCAGUUUAUGUAAUAAAAUUCAGCAUUCCAAGCUAUUUUUGCCUAUCCUUUUAAGGUGACUUGAUACAGGCUGAAGUGUAUAUAUGUGAUUAUAUUGUGGUGGUGGUGGUAGUAUCUCAUUUUACCCUUUUGCUAAAAGCAACAAACGAAAACCUCUUCCAGACAGUAACAUUUGCAGAGAGAUUUCAAAGCCCAGUCAUUUCCAAAAAGGCCAUUUUCAUGUGGAAAAAAGUUUCAAAUAAAACAUUUUGGUCUGCUUUAAUCAUUAUUCUCUUAAAAGAUUUGUGUCUUUGGUUUGAUGAGAGAAAGGGUCCAUAGUGUAUUUUUGAAUGUUUCUUGCAAAUGCAAAGAUAGUACAAAGCCAGAAAAACAUUCAGCUUUGCAAAGGAUCCUUUAUUUUAUGUGGCUUCUAAUAGGUCAAUGUUUGGCCAGUUUGUUUAGGUUUCAAAUCAUGGGCAUGGCCUGAGGAGAAAUGGGUAAAUGCUAAGGUGCAAUUCAGGCUAUUUUGAUAGAGUAGGACUUGAGUGAUUUCAAUUUCAGAGAUCGAUAUGCUAAGAGAAAAACUGAAGAUAAGGUGGAAACAGUCUAUGAACACACUGCUGUGUCAAUUGAGAAUAUGAAGAACUAUAAGGCCCUAAAGGAUCAAACCAAUGACCUGGAAAAUAAAUUUAGAUUAAAAUAUAUUGGGCCUAACUUAUCACUGGUGCAUUUUCAUGGAAGCCAAUGGAGUUGCUCCCAGGAUGGCCUACUGGGUUCAUGAUAGUCCCCAAAGGCUUGGAGAUAGGACAAGAUUAAAUACUUUCUUUCCAGUAGAUUAUAAAGGUGUUGGAGAUGAAUUACUAUAAUUCCUUCUUCAGUGUAUCAUGGAGGUUGGCAUCCCUAGAAAGCCCAGUUCGACAACAGUGUUGAAGACAAAUAGUGAAGGUUCUGUGAACAUAGGCUGUACAUAACCUGCUCUGAGUCAGAUACUAUGUUCUUUACCUGCUGCUGUAAACUAACACUGAACACACCAUUACUUGUGAGUUUCGUAAACCUAUUUUCAGCUGUCACCAUUGAGUCUAAUACUUGCACAACUGACUUUUCUUGCAAUGGGUGAUAAAGUUGAAAUUAGCACAGAAAUCUGAACCUAGAGGCUGAUUUUCAGAGAUACCAAGUACUCACAGCUCUUUUGAUUUCCGUUGGAGUUGUAGGCAAUCAGCAACUUUGAGCAUGAGUCCCUAGCUAGAGCUUAAAAAUGUUAUUCUGUCUGGAUUUAAGUCCUCUGACAUCUUGGAAGAAAUGUGCUUUGAUAGUUGGAGUGAGGAUAAAAGUAUGAACCUGGAACACAAACUGCUUUUAUCCUUAGACCUCUCUAUCGAGGCCAGGAUGAUUCUUUUUUUCUUAUCCCAUCAUCUUGCUGCAAUGUGUUGGAGGAUCAGAAGGCUGGCUGUAUCUCAGCAAAGAAUAUGAGAGAUUCAUUGGGAAUUUUAGCCACAUAGGGCAUUUUAUUUUUCUUAAUAUCUGUUUCCUAAAUGUUACUGCCACAGCUUUUAUUUACCAGGGUUCCUAGGCCAGAUUUGCAAAGCAGCCUCUAAAACUGCUUUGCAAAAUCUGCCUAUAUUUACAAAUACAAAUAUAUAUGCAUAUGCAAAUUACAAUUUGCAUACAAAACCAGGUAAUUGUGCAGACAGCUGCCUAUUUGCAUGUGCAAGUUCUCUUUUGUGCACAAACAUUUAGUGGGAGCAAUAGCCGUGGCUCUUCACUUAUGACUAUUUCCAUUUAUAUUAUCACCUAUUAGUAAAUGUUUAUAUAGCACAUUAUAAAUUCAAGUGCUAUACAAGUGCUAACUGGUGGUGGUUUGAUUUGUAAAUUCACCAACACUCUGUAUUUCCUUUUAUUGCUGGGGCUGUGUGACCCUUUCUCAUGGAGACCAGAACCAAAAGCCACUUUGUUAGCCCUUUGUGUCAGCAAGAGAGAACUUUACUGGAGCUUGAAUUGUGUGUUAGCUCCCUCACGCACGAGUCAGUCAGCCUUACCACCAAAGUCCUUGAAACUCUGCCAAUCUUAACCUUUGGUUUCAGGUUACAUUCAGUGAACCCCAGUUCCCGAAUCUUCUGGAAGUGCGUUCCUCUGCAAUAUCCAGCUCCUAUCACAAGACACUCACAGAAAUUACCAAGUCUGCUGUCUCCAAAGAGUCAGAAUACACACUAGUUUGGUGGCUCAUCUGAGGGGGUGUAUACCUUGCUUUAGUAUAAUAGCACUGAGAUGAAUUUAUAAUGAAACAAGACUAAUUGUAUUAAGAAAGACCAGAGAUUUAAGUGAUACUAAGCAGAGAUAAUAGAAACAGAAAAUCAUAACAAAUAAACAUGCUUGCUAGUGUUUAAAACUUAACAGAUUACAAAUCAUGGCCUCAGUUCUCAGCAUCCUCAACCCCCAUGGUUGGAGAAUCCACCUUUCACAGAUUCCAACAGCUCUAGCCCCCUUUUGUCCCUUAAGAGACACACACCUUUCCCCCCUAGGUGAUGGCCGGGGGGAGGAGGGGGCGGCCUGGCUUGGCCCCUUCUCCCCCUGCCCCGGAGAUUGCUUUAGGGAGGCCCACUGCCACCCACGGGGAGGUCCCCAGGGUCUUCCUCAUGGGGUUUGUCCAUCCCCCAGCCACAAAAGAGGCACUGGGAAGGGGGUCCUCGCACCAGUCACAGACUUUUGGUCGCUCCACUGGCUGCUCCCUCUUGUUGUCUGGCAGAGAAGCUGGGUGGGUCUGGACCUCAACCCGGCCACCCGGGGCCUCAGGUGCAGUUGUCGAGUCCCUGGGGAGUCUGGCUCUCUCCUCCUGGAGGUUCCACCUCCAGGCAUUCCCUUCGAUCCCUCGCUCUCUCCUGUCUUCAAUUGGGGUUUCUUGUCUAGGAUUUUGCUCUGUCCUCAGGGGACCUGGGUCCUCCCCCUCGCUGAGUAUGAGGGAUGUAGGGGUUUCCCCUCCAUUCAGUGGGUUCUCCUGCCUCUUCCUGCUGGAGGGUCCCCUCCCACAGCCUCCUUUCCCCUUUGGGAUGGGGCCACCGUCUGUCCCCAGGACCACAGGGUACAGCAACCCAUCGACCACCCUCACCUGUUGCCAGGCAAACCAGACCCCAACCUCCAGGGGCACCUGGGCCAUAGCCAGGGCCUCAAAGCCCUGUGGAUGCACUCGAGCAUCAUUCACACCCCAGGGAUAAACCAUUGUGGCUUCACCAGUCCUCUUUGAAUAAGGGUGCGGGCUGAGGCCAUGUCUACUAAGUCCCUCUGAGGCUUCCUCCCCACCUCCACGGGAAUGGUGGCCAGUCCUCACCCCCACUUCUUCCCACAACCAUUCGCCCAGCCACAAAAUUUUGCUAACCCACAUUCCAUUUCUGGGCAGUCCUGACAUUUGUGUCUCUGCCGCUCACAUUGCCAGGAGUUAAGUGUGGGAGGAGCCUGAAGACAUCUUGGCAAGUGGCCAGCCAGGUGGCUGGUGGAGAGGCGAGGCCAGCAGGGCAGUUGGCGGAGAGGCACAGCAA